AUGUACAUGUCAGUUUUCAAACAUGUGUCCCUUCUGUGUCUUUUCUCUCUGAAAGCCAUAAAAACGAAGCUGUGGCCCAAGCAGAAAGCGACUAAAAAACCCAAAGAUGAGUCCCCAAAGGUGGAGAAGCCACCCAAGCCGCCAACCUCGACCACCUCCGCUGUUGCCGCAAGAAGUGCCCCUCCGCAGCUGAGUGAGGCCGAAAGGAUACGUCUGACGCCCUUCGAGAGAGUUGUCUACGACAUGGCCCACAAUGAGAAGAUGGUCAACGACCUCAUCCUCGGCCGCAGGGUUGGAUUCUACGAGCUGCGCGGAGAAAUCGGCCAGGGCAAUUUUUCAUCAGUCAGACUGGGCAUCCAUGCCUUGACCAAAGAGAGAGUGGCUGUCAAGAUCAUGGAAAAGCAGCGCAAGGUGGAUAAGGGUCCCCAGCCCUUUAGCUCCUCGGAGAUUCGCUGCAUGGAAAAGCUGUGCCACCCAAACGUGGUGCGUCUUUACGAGGUGAUGGAGACGAGCAGGAAGCUGUACCUGGUGAUGGAGUACGGCAGCGGCGGCGACCUGUUCUCUCGCAUCACCACCAGGGGGAAGCUCAGCGACCUGGAGGCGAAGCUGAUUUUCGCCCAAGUCGUCUCUGCUGUGAAACACAUGCAUGAGAACAACAUCGUCCACAGGGACCUCAAGGCCGAGAACAUCUUCUACACCACCAGCUACUGCAUCAAGGUGGGUGACUUCGGCUUCAGCAGGGAGAGUGCGCCCAACGAGCCGCUCACCAAUUUCUGCGGCUCGCCGCCAUACUCUGCACCCGAACUCUUUCGCGAAAAAGGCUACGUGGGCUGCUAUUCGGACAUCUGGGCUUUAGGUAUUAUUCUGUACUUCAUGGUGACCUCCACGUUGCCUUUCUGCGGGGACAAUUUGAGCAGGCUGAAGCGUUGCAUCCUUCAGGGGGCCUACAGCAUCCCCGCGUACGUGCCUGACGAGUGCCAGCUUGUCAUCAAGGGCUUGUUGCGGCCCGUACCGGUGGACCGCUCAUCUCUCAUCCAAGUUUCGAACGGCGCUUGGCUAAGGGGGAUCCAGUACCCCGGUCCAUAUGUGCCCCUGCCCUUGGCUCCGGCCCACUUGGCUUGGACCUCCAAUGAUCUGUGCGCGGAGGAGAAGGAGGUGAAGACUCUCCUGUCAGACUUGGGCAUCAUAGCGGUUCACUUGCAAAACAAUCCCUGUUCGGACUCCAAGAGCCCACUGACUGGGACCUACCGCAUCCUCCUCCACCGGAUCCAGAAGAGGAGAUCCGUGGAGGCCGUCGGCUAUGCGGCAAUUCACCCCGACGAGUACAGGAGUCAGGCCCGGUGGUGCGUCGCAUCUGUGGACAAACACAACCCCUCUGCAGUCUGUGCUAUACUCUAAUCAAGUGGAACCUUGACUAUACAAGUGCCACAACCUUUGAGUUUUUCCAAGUUCUGAGCCUUUGGUUAAUCAGUUAUGCAUGUUUUUCUAUAAUGUACUAUUUGGUACAGUGCUAUUUUCUUUUUCUCUUCAUUUCAAAAACAUGUUACACUAUUUGGGGGUGCUUUUUAGGGAGCUGAAACAGAUGAAUGACAUUUCCAUUCAGUUUAAUGUGGAACUUUGAUUUGACUCAAGGUACCACUGUACUCACUUUGGCACUUUAUCGAAGAAACGCAAAGUUUCCCUGCCCAUUCAUUUCAUGCCGUGCAAUACUAAAUUGGAAGAGGCAGAUGAGUACGGAGGUUCAGAGAGUUCUUUAUCUCACACAUUUCUCCCAUGUAAUGAGCUGUGACUCACCCUGACAGCAUUACUCAGUAUUUAGUUUAGUGAUGCGAAGCAUUCAUCAAUCAGAGCGCCGCUAUCUGUAUUUUGCAAUCCUCGUUGGGCACGGCAUAAAUCCGCACUGCAAAUCCGAGGCUAUAGGUAAUCCCUUCAAAGGGGGGCGGGGGGGGGGGGCGGGGGACGCUUCUGGAACAAUCAUGAACACUCAGACUGGAAAAACAUGUGAGAUGUAAAAAUGGUGGAGUCAAAGUGGGACCACCAACGCAAGGCAACGGCAUUGGGACCUUAUGCACAAAUUUUGCCUUUUGCAAAAAAAUAAUCAUGCUCAGUUUUGAGAGAGGUUUUUAAUUUCUAUACUAUAUAUCCAUCCAUUUUCUACAACAGGAGAAUCAAAAAGAAACGAGACAGAACUGGAAAAAAAAAAAAUCCAUGUUCAGGCCCGGAUUGCAUCUCCCUGCAGUUUUUCAAGAUAAGCACCACCUUGCACAACAGAAAUAAAUUACAAGAAUUAAGUGCCCAAAAAAUACUCCAUGGCAACCUCCAUGACUCACGCCAACGUUGUAAAAUGUACGUCAUACAAUUAUGCAAUCGCCCCUCUCACUAGUAUUUUGUAAUGACCGUUAUUGUAAACAAUAGAAAUAAGCAGAACAAUUAAUAGAAAUAAUCCAUAGACUCUCGGCCCGAAUGGCCAAAUAUGAGUUCACCCUCGGUGUUUCACUGUGUGUGUCCAUGGCGUCCCCGAACCACUGGCGAAAGCAGACUUUGAUUCGCUCCUCUUUCAUCUGUAAUUGCUUCCACCAACAAGACGUACGUAUAGGAUAGUUGUUACGAUUGUAUGACUGUCCCAUGUUUUGUGCUAUUUGGUUUUUUGUAUUAUUGUUCUUUUCUGUCAAAUGUUCCACAAAGGAUUUUGUGAUAGCAGCAGCUGUCGUGAAAGCGCCAUAUGAAUCCAGAUGUGUCGUACUCUUCCUGAAUGCAACAUGCUCAUCUUUUCAUUUGAAGGCAAUGUGAGUUCUUAUCAGUCUCUUAAAAGCUUCACCUUCAUUCCAGUGUGCAAUUUGGGGUUUAAGACAUCAAUGAAAUGAAUUAAUGAAAAUGUUA